AUGGACGACGUCCUGACACCUUGGAUCGAGCGCAAUGCUCCUCCUAUCAACCCAGCUUGGGCAUUCCAAAGAGCUAUUGAAGACAAACGAACACCCCCCUCCCCUCCUCAGCAAGUUGCGCAGCACAAAGAACGGUUUCGUACUACAAUACAUAAUAUUUUAGCAAAACUUCAGGACCCCGAGUCACAGAGUAUCUUUGAAAACGCAAAAACUUGGGAACAAGUCCGCACAGAGGCCCAGAAAGCGAUAGAGCACCGAUUUGCGGACAAAUCAAAGAAUCCAUUCCGCAAAACUAUUCGAGCGAUAGGAAACAUAGCCUCGCGUCUAGAGUUUCUUACAGUCCUCAUUCCUAGCAAUGACUUUGCGGGAGUGCUUUGCGGCGGUCUGACACUGGCAUACAAUGCUGCAAACCGCAUGAGCGCAUUCCGCUCAGUAAUACUGAAUUCUUUGGAUGCAUUGUCCCAUCCAAUACAGGAUACGGCGCCAUAUUUCUACGUUUAUGCCUGGAACGACAUCUUGAUGCAGAAAGCGCAUGCGCUGUAUGUGACUAUAUUAGACGCGGUGGAGAAAAUAAUGACAUGGAUUUCAACGACUCAAGGUGUUCGUGGUCGAAUUAAGCAUGGAGCGAAGGCACUGGUAGAAGGAGAUGGUUAUGGACAACAAUUGGAGAAUGCCAUUACCACAGCCGUCAAUCAAAAAGCGAGUGAAUUUGAAGGUGCCGUUCGAGCCUGUUUGAGUAUUGAGGUCCACGAUAUUGGACUAAAUGUCCUCCAUGUCGGAGAUGAGCUCGGUCAAAUUCAUGGUGAAAUGACUAAACUUCUUCAAUCGAACGUGUCCUCGCAGAGCCUGGAAGACAUAUUACGCGAACAGUUGACACCAUUGGUCAGGACUGUAGCCGAACUCAGCGAACGAGUUGAGAGGAGCUGCGCACCUCAGAAAAUUAAACUCUCCCAGAAUCCAGAUCAGCUCCUCGUGGCUCUUGGUUUAGUGGAUAUCCCAUACAAUGACUCCAGCAUAGCAGAAGAGGUUGUCAACGUAAUCGGUGCCGAGAGGAACUUUGUCUUCUUUUUUGGGCGAACCCUGGCAGGUGAUGUGCAAGGGCGCAUCUCCAAGGUGUUUCAAGAUAGUCGAUUUCAAUACUGGCUUCAAAGCAUGGAAUCCCGGGUCCUGGUUGUCCCAGGAUCCAGUCUCGAUCCACUACAAGAAGAUACAGUAUCCCCUCAGAGCUACAUGUGUGCGCUGCUCAUGAGAAGCAUGGCGUCGGUUCCAUACAUCUACCCAGUCACUUUCUUCUGUCGCUUGCAUCUAGAUCCAGACGACAUUGUCACCGGAGCUAGAGGAAUUCUGAAGUCACUGAUUGCCCAGUUGGUCCUAUCACUGGCGGAGUCAGACACACUAGACCUCAGCUACCUGACCGAGGAUUGCCUGGAGUUCAUUAUGAUGAAUGAUUUGGUCAGCUUGUGCCGCCUAUUCGAGGAUAUCCUCGAACCUCUUAGGGCAGGCAUCAUUAUUUGCAUGAUCGACGGCAUCGACUUCUUCGACAAUUCCUUCAAUUUGACGGAAUUGGACAUCAUCAUGCCAUUCUUCGAUAGUUUGAUACGCGCUAUCGAGGCUAGUAAUAGCGGCCUGGUGUUCAAGCUUCUCGUCACAUCGCAUAUGGGAGGCGGCUACUACCCAGAGUGGUUCCCAGACCGAGUGGAGCUACCCAUGGAGGACGUCUCAACCGAUGUCUUUGACGUGGGGGAAAGCACAGAAUUGAUGAUUUUCUAG